UAAAUUUCACAAAAGUAUUCUAUAGAAUCUACGAAAAAAGUGACGUAGAUAUUACGUGAUACAAAUGUGGACUAAGAGUUCAUGAGUUCAUUCUGUGCUAUCUAUACUUCACAUAAGUAUUACAAGAAAAGUUCUAUGGAUAAAAAUCACAUACGUUUUCAUGUAGCAUUGAAGUGAGGAUUUUUCUGAGUGCAGGCUGCUCUCUCAGCUGACAGGGUCGGCCCAGGGAUGCCAGGUUCACAGAUUAGUCUGUGUUUCACGAAUGUUCAACUUUCUGCACAGGUUUUUAAAAUGGCCCAGAUUUUCACAGAUUUCUGAAAAUAAUCACAGAAAUCGAUCACAGUUGAGCACCAAAAAGUACAGAGCGAUUUGAAAUAGUGAGACCUUUUUAUUUAUUUUUUGUUUUUGAAAAUAAUUCUGCUCAGCAAUUACGGCGCGGCAAACGUGCACAGAUUUUCACAGACAUGUUUUUAUCUUGAUCACAGAUUUUAGAAAAAAUACCUGGCAUCCCUGGGUCUGUCUCGUCUUAGUUUAUUACCGAUAAGAUAAUUACUAUUAAAUGCCACACUUGAUUUGUGACAGCGUAGCUAGUUAAGUAAAGUUUCAAGAUUCUAAAAACCAAUGGAAAUGAUGAACUCAUCGAUUGUGCAACCGGUGGUAGUGUCUAUUGUAGAACGUAUUGAUUUAAGGACUAUUCCUUUGCAUGCCCUAGGGCAUCGCACUUUUCAGUUAUUAUCGGCACUGCUAAACAAAAAAAAGAUAUUUAAAUCGGAGGAAGGCUACUGUCGUGAUUGGCGAGGCUUGUUUCAAGUUCUUCGCUUAGAAAAUCAGUACGUGUCCGAACUAGAGAACAAUGCUAAUCCUACAAGGCGAGUUAUUGAUCUCUGGCAAGAGGCAGCUGAGAAUGCGAAAAUUGCACCCAAUUUAAUGGAACUUCAAGAAAUUCUCGGCAAAAUUGAUCGUUGGGAUGUCCGGGAUAGCAGCAAUAAGUUUAUCUAUGAAGAUGCAGAGGUUUUUUUGACACAGUGCCAAAGAAUAAGAAGCCGGGAAAGCGAUGCCAGUGGAAAUAAGAUUCUAGACGAAUUUCGUGGUACCGAUGAAGAUAUCAUCACCGUAGAUGACACCUAUAAUCAUAAGCAAUUUUACGAUGCAUUCGUUUUGUUUGCCGAUGCUGAUGUUGAAUUUGCUACAAAAAUGAUUGAACGGUUAGAAGAAAAACAGUUGAAGAUUUGUGUAAAAGAUCGAGAUUUUCUUGCGGGAAUCAGCUUUGAACAUGAAGCAAUUAUACGCCUUAUAACCGAGCGCUGUCGUCGUUUGCUGGUGAUCAUUUCAAAAGAAUUUUUGAGAAGUCCCUUGAACGAAUUUUUUGUCACAUUUACACAAGCUUUGCAAAUAGAACAGAAGAAGCGUAAAAUUAUACCUUGCGUGUACGAGCGUUUGGAACUGCCAGCAAAUUUAAAAUUUCUACAUGUGUUGGACUACAAACGAUCAAAUAAACUGUACAACUUCUGGGAUAAAUUGGUGGAUGCCAUUAAGGUGAACGUAGAACCAACAGGGUCGCAUUCGCGGACAGAAACCAAAUCUGUGGAUUGUACCACAGAGCAUGAAUCUAACAUUAGUGAUGCUUUCGUAGCCGUAUCUAAAAAUGGUUUAUCAUCAAGUUCAGAUUUAAACAAAUUAAAUGUUUCACAAUCCAAUAAAAAGUCUCACUCGUCUUGCGACAUAUCUAGCACAUCCAAACAAAAUCCAGGUUAUGUAAGCAGUAUAGAACUCACAUCAAUGCCUGAAAUUGGCACGUAUGAACAAAAGAAACGGAAGUGGUAUUCAAAGUUAGGUCUAUCUUCAGAGAGUCGUAAAAUGGUGGAAGUAACAACAUCUGAUAAACACAAGAAAAACAAAAGUAAAUGGUACAAACCGAGUAAAAAGGUUGCAACGGCACUGUGAUAUUGAUAUUUAUUAAGUACGUUCCAUUUGUUGUUUAUUAGUAAGCAUUUAUUCGCGAUAUUUAAGUUUUAUAUUAGUAUAAAUAAAAAUAAACAUGUUUUCACAAAAUGUUUCAAAUGACUCGCUUCGAGAAAAACCAGCUUAUCAAUCAGUUCAAUCACAAAGAUCGGACGAAGUUAAAACUAAGUUGUAAUGAAUAAGCAGAUCAGUAAAGAAGGAAAAAUCGAUACGGUUCGCGGAGAUCAAGUCGAAAACCGAGGCGCGAACUAUUUACUAUCGAUACACCCUUUGUGUUAUGUGAACGUUAUUUUACUGAUUGGUUGCUCCCCGUUUGUCAACACAGAACAGCUGCUUGCAGAGAUGCCUGAUUUUAUUAGGCUUUGUAUAAUAUUUGAAAAUCGCAAUUAAUUAUGGGAUUACGUUGUUAAUAUAUUUAAACUUCUUUGGCAAUGUUUGAGGGCAAAAAUUAAUUUUAAUAAAGUUGUGCAGUAAAAUGAUUUU